AUGCCAGGGGGACGGCUGGGGCGGGCCACUGGGGGAUUGUGCUCGAAGUCAGACAGGCUGACCUCCCCGUCACCUCCGCUCGGCCCACAGAGGGCUCUCCACGUGGGGCUGGAGCUCCGCAGAGGCUGUGGAUGGACCCCGGUGCCUGUGUUUGUCAAACUCCCCAGUGUCAGACUGCGAAACGAACCGGCCCUGGCCACAAACCCACUGCCCUUUCCGCCCUCCGCCCCCACAGCAGCUGUAAACAUGCCAGGGCUCAGAGCGGGUCAGCUGCUUCUCAUCUGCGGAUGCUCUGUCACAUGUGCGGGUUUUCACUCCGAGCAUGUGUCUCCAGGAAGCACCGCGGGGAGAAGGCCAAACAGCCCCGGGCACUGCCCCGUCACUGUCCCGUCACUGCCCCGUCACUGUCCCGUCACUGUCCCGUCACUGUCCCGUCACUGCCCCGUCACUGCCCCGUCACUGUCCCGUCACUGCCCCGUCACUGUCCCGUCACUGCCCCGUCACUGUCCCGUCACUGUCCCGUCACUGCCCCGUCACUGUCCCGUCACUGUCCCGUCACUGCCCCGUCACUGUCCCGUCACUGCCCCGUCACUGCCCCGUCACUGUCCCGUCACUGUCCCGUCACUGCCCAGUCACUGCCCCGUCACUGUCCCGUCACUGUCCAGUCACUGUCCCGUCACUGCCCCGUCACUGUCCCGUCACUGCCCCGUCACUGCCCCGUCACUGCCCCGUCACUGCCCCGUCACUGUCCCGUCACUGCCCCGUCACUGCCCCGUCACUGCCCCGUCACUGCCCAGUCACUGUCCCGUCACUGUCCCGUCACUGCCCCGUCACUGCCCCGUCACUGUCCCGUCACUGCCCCGUCACUGUCCCGUCACUGUCCCGUCACUGCCCCGUCACGGCCCCGUCACUGUCCCGUCACUGUCCCGUCACUGUCCCGUCACUGCCCCGUCACUGCCCCGUCACUGUCCCGUCACGGCCCCGUCACUGUCCCGUCACUGUCCAGUCACUGUCCCGUCACUGUCCCGUCACUGCCCCGUCACUGCCCCGUCACUGUCCCGUCACGGCCCCGUCACUGCCCCGUCACGGCCCCGUCACUGUCCCGUCACUGUCCAGUCACUGUCCAGUCACUGUCCCGUCACUGUCCCGUCACUGUCCCGUCACUGCCCCGUCACUGCCCCGUCACUGUCCCGUCACUGUCCCGUCACUGUCCCGUCACUGUCCCGUCACUGCCCAGUCACUGCCCUGUCACUGUCCCGUCACUGUCCCGUCACUGCCCCGUCACUGUCCCGUCACUGUCCCGUCACUGCCCCGUCACUGUCCCGUCACUGCCCCGUCACUGCCCAGUCACUGUCCCGUCACUGUCCCGUCACUGCCCCGUCACUGUCCCGUCACUGCCCCGUCACUGUCCCGUCACUGCCCCGUCACUGCCCAGUCACUGCCCCGUCACUGUCCCGUCACUGCCCCGUCACUGCCAGUCACUGUCCCGUCACUGCCCCGUCACUGCCCCGUCACUGCCCCGUCACUGUCCCGUCACUGUCCCGUCACUGUCCCGUCACUGCCCCGUCACUGCCCCGUCACUGCCCCGUCACUGUCCCGUCACUGCCCCGUCACUGUCCCGUCACUGCCCCGUCACUGUCCCGUCACUGCCCCGUCACUGCCCCGUCACUGUCCCGUCACUGCCCCGUCACUGCCCCGUCACUGCCCCGUCACUGUCCCGUCACUGCCCCGUCACUGUCCCGUCACUGCCCCGUCACUGCCCCGUCACUGCCCCGUCACUGCCCCGUCACUGUCCCGUCACUGCCCCGUCACUGCCCCGUCACUGCCCCGUCACUGCCCCGUCACUGUCCCGUCACUGCCCCGUCACUGCCCCGUCACUGCCCCGUCACUGCCCCGUCACUGUCCCGUCACUGCCCCGUCACUGUCCCGUCACUGUCCCGUCAGGCUGCAUCUGUCCCUUCUAUAUUUAGGCAGUGGGACACAUACCUUUCUGCUGUAUAUGAACUUGAGCUGACAGACAGAGGAGACAGUCAGGCAUCUGUAGAGCGCAACCUUCAGGAUUCGUUAGCUCCCGGCUACAGCUGGCUACGAUUACAGAGAGGGAGCCGGAGGGACGCUCUGGAGAGAGAGUGUCAAAGAGAGUCUGUCUGUGACCAGCCCAAAGAGGCCUGGACCGAGGCUGAGGCCUGGACCGGGGCUGAGGCCUGGACCGGGGCUGAGGCCUGGACCGGGGCUGAGGCCUGGACCGGGGCUGAGGCCUGGACCGAGGCUGUGGGAACUCUGUCCUCCACAGACUCACACCAAUGA